CAGCCGACCGCGUAGCGGACAUGGCGGGUUCCCGGCUCCCGCGGCAGCUCUUCCUCCAGGGUGUGGCCGCCGUCUUCUUGUUCGCCUUCGCUUCCCUCUACACACAGAUCCCGGGCUUAUAUGGCACCGAGGGCAUCCUCCCUGCACGAAGGACCCUGCGGCCCCAAGGCAAGGGGCCCUGGCAGCAGCUGUGGGAGACCCCGACGCUGCUGUGGGAGGCGCCACGACUGGGACUGGACACAGCACAGGGCCUGGAGCUGCUGAGCCUGCUGGGCACCCUGCUGUCCCUGGGCGCCCUGUUGCUGCGCCAGCUGCGCCACCCCCUCGUCUACCUGCUGCUCUGGGCCGCCUACCUGUCGGUCUGCCAGGUGGGCCAGGUGUUUCUUUAUUUCCAGUGGGAUUCCCUGCUGCUGGAGACUGGCUUCCUGGCUGUGCUGGUGGCCCCCCUGAGGCAGCCCCCCCACCAUAAGCAGCAACCCCAGGGCGGGCUGGCAGGGGCCUCACCCCAUGAAGGCCUCCCCUUCUGGCUCGUGCGCUGGCUGCUGUUUCGCCUCAUGUUCGCCUCGGGUGUGGUCAAGCUGACCAGCCGUUGCCCCGUGUGGUGGGGGCUCACUGCCCUCACCUACCACUAUGAGACGCAGUGCCUGCCCACACCUGCCUCCUGGUUUGCCCACCACCUGCCCGUCUGGCUGCACAAGCUCAGUGUGGUGGCCACCUUCCUCAUCGAGAUCGCGGUGCCCCCUCUGUUCUUCGCCCCUGUUCGCCGCCUACGCCUGGCUGCCUUCUACGCCCAGGUCUUGCUGCAAGUCCUGAUUAUCAUCACUGGUAACUAUAACUUCUUCAACCUGCUCACCCUGGUGCUCACCACUGCCCUUCUGGAUGACAAGCACCUGGCUGCUGAGUCUAGCAACAGCCGCCGCAAAAAGACACCUGCCUCCUGGCCCAAGGCCCUGCUGGCCCUACUGGCCCUGUUGCUAGAACUGACCGUCUAUGGGCUGCUGGCCUACGGCACCGUGCACUACUUUGGCCUGGAGGUCGACUGGGAGCAGUAUGCUGUCCACUCCAGAACCACCUUCACCUUCCACCAGUUCUCCCAGUGGCUGAAGAUGGUGACUCUGCCCACCAUGUGGCUAGGGGGUGCCUCCCUCGCCUGGGAAGUGCUGGCCGCCUUCUGGAGGUGGACCCAGGUGCGAGGCUGGCUCCGGAAGCUGUAUACUGCAGUUCAGCUGUCUGUCUUUGGCACUGCCACCGUGGCCAUGUUCCUGGUCAGCCUGGUGCCGUACUCCUACAUGGAGCCCUCCACCCAUGGGCGCCUCUGGACUGGGGCCCACCACCUGUUUGGAGCCGUGGAGCACCUACACCUGGCCAACUCCUAUGGCCUCUUCCGGAGGAUGACCGGUCUGGGUGGGAGGCCUGAGGUGGUGCUGGAGGGCAGCUACGACGGGCACCACUGGACAGAGAUCGAGUUCAUGUACAAGCCUGGGAACGUGAGCCGACCGCCCCCCCUCGUGGCACCGCACCAGCCGCGCCUUGAUUGGCAGAUGUGGUUCGCAGCUCUGGGCCCACACACGCACAGCCCAUGGUUCACGAGCCUGGUGCUCUGCCUGCUGCAGGGCAAGGAGCCGGUGAUCCGCCUCAUCCAGAACGACGUGGCCAGGUAUCCCUUCCACAAGCAGCCACCCACCUACGUGCGGGCCCAGCGCUAUAAGUACUGGUUCUCACAGCCUGGGGAGCAGGGUCAGUGGUGGCGACGCCAAUGGGUAGAGGAGUUUUUCCCACCAGUGUCCCUGGGGGACCCAGUGUUGGAUAGGCUGCUCAAGCAGUUUGACCUCCAGAACAAGAGCCCUCCCCGGGCCCGCAGCUCCAGCAACACCCUCACCCAGGCCCUCCACUGGCUACGGGAACAGCUGUCUCCGCUGGAGGCCCCUACCCUGCUCUGGGGACUCAUCCUCGCGGUAGGGGCCAUUAGGGUCAUGCAGUCCCUGCUGGGGCCUCGCCCCUCCCGGUCCUACUCUCCCCCCAGGGAGGAGAAGCACAAGCCAGCACUCAAGAAAGACCCGGGAGCUGCCGCUGACCAGGCUGCUCCAGCCCCCAACAACUGCAACAGCGGCUCCCAGACCCCUCGGCGGAAAAAGUAGCCACAUUCUGUCCGCCACAUGUCCAGAGGGUCAGGGUCCCCGCCACAUCGCUGGCCUUCUGGAGCAGGACGUGGACCAGCCACAGUGCCUUAGCCACUGUCUGGGCAGGUGUAGGUUGGACUGCUGCCCUCCCCUGAGGGCCCACUUGUGCCCCGUGCCAACCAUGUCCCUCCCCAGAGCACCCUCUGGCCUGGGCAAUGGCCUAGGAGGUGGGUUGUGACGAACUCAGAGCCCUUCCCAGGACAUUGUAAUCAGGACUGGGGGGGCGGGGUCCAAGUCUGUAGGGGCCCUAGUCUGAUGCCCGACCCCAGCUGCGGCACAAGAGGAGACAGCCCUGACACGGCCUCUCCGUGCCAGCCCAUGCCAUCA